AUGUUGACUUCAGUGUCUACAGAUAACUUUCUUUUGGGGUUGAGGAGAUUCAUCGCGAGAAGAGGCAGACCGUCAAUUAUCUAUUCCGAUAACGGAAAGAACUUCGUUGGCGCAAAAAACCAAUUAAGCAAGAUUGAUUGGAAAAAGAUUCAAGAUGAAACUACUGCUUCUUCUAUUGCUUGGAUUUUUAUCCCCCCUUCUGCUCCCUGGUGGGGAGGAUUUUGGGAAAGGUUAGUAGGAGUUUUGAAGAGAAUUUUAAGAAAAGUUUUGGGUCAAACAUCGUUGGAUUAUGAAGAGAUGUUAACAGUCCUCUGCGACUGUGAGAGUAUAAUAAAUUCGCGACCGUUGACUUACGUUAGUGAUGACGUUCAAGAUCUUACCCCGAUUACACCUUCUAUGUUUUUGCAAGAGAUUAGAGAAAUCGGUGUUCCAGACUUAGAUGUGCUGGAUCAUCAGAAAUUAAAUAAACGUCACGCGUAUACACAGAAAAUACGAAAAGAUCUCCGUUCGAGAUUUCGAGUGGAAUAUCUCGGACAGUUGCGACAACCUGUGACUAAUAGAAAUACUUCUCCAGUUCUAAAAGUUGGUGACUUAGUUAUCGUGUGGACAGAUAACUGUAAAAGAAUUGACUGGCCACUCGGAAGAGUUCUAGAAGUGUUCACAAGUAAGGAUGGAUGUGUGCGAGUUGCUAAAGUCAAGACAAAAACGGGUGUCUUCAUUCGUCCUGUUAAAAAGUUGUGUUCUCUGGAGUUGGGAGCGGUGUCAUCUUGUGAUCUUCAAAAGUUAAAACCCCUCCUGUGA